AUGGCAUUUGUUGAUGACGAUUUAGAAAUGUAUAUGCAAUUGAAUGGCAUAGUAAACAUGGAAAUCGUCAAUUUUAUUGACGAUAAUGAACCAAGACGAAUAUUAAAACAAGAAGAUCCUUUUGUUGAAUUGUCAGAUCGGAAGUUUAUUGGUACUUAUCGUUUAGGUAAGCAAUUAGUUGAAGAACUUAUAGAUACAUUGACUCCUUACAUGAAUAGUCCAAUGACGUCUUCAGGGAUAACUAUAAAAAGAAAAGUAUUAACAGCUCUAAGAUUUUUUGCUAGUGGGAGUUAUCAGCAGGAUAUUGGGGAACACAGAGGUGCAGCCCUUAGUCAACCCUCAGUUAGUAGAUGUAUUACUGAAGUUGCAGAAGCAUUAAAUAAUCCUAUAAUAUUAAAUAUAUACAUACAUUUCCCAAGCACUAUAGAACAACUUAAUAUUAUUCGACAAGGAUUUUACAACAAAUUUGGAAUACCAGGAGUUAUUGGAGUUAUAGAUGGAACUCAUGUGGCUAUUGUACCACCCAAUACCACCGAUGAUGUAUAUCCAGAACAUAUAUAUGUUAACCGGAAAGGUUAUCAUAGCAUAAAUACACAACUUAUAUGUGAUUCCGAUUUAAUGAUCUUAAAUGUAUGUGCUAAAUUUCCGGGGAGUACGCACGACAGUCAUAUUUGGCGUCUUAGCCCUGUAGAAGGCCUUAUGAAACAUUUACAUGCAAUUGGACAAACAUCAUACUUCUUACUAGGGGAUUCUUGA